AUUUUGCAACUACAAAAAAGAAGCAUUUGACAAUAACAAUUGUGGAUUAAGUGUUUGAGAAAAUGCCAACUCUAACAAAACUAUUCACAAUGGAAGAAACAUCUCUACACAACACUAAAGAUGAUUGUUGGGUUGUCAUUGAUGGCAAGGUAUAUGAUGUUUCAACUUAUUUGGAUGAACAUCCAGGGGGAGAUGGUGUUCUACUUGAUGCUACAGGAAAAGAUGCCACAGAUGAAUUUGAAGAUGCUGGACACAGCAAAGAUGCAAGGGAACUGAUGGAGAAAUUCUUCAUUGGGGAGCUUGAUCCAUCAUCCACUUCCAUCCCAGACGUUGGGAUUGUCAAGAAGGCGGGCAAAAAUAUUCCUAAGAAGGUUAUGGAGAUAACUAAGCAAUAUUGGUUCGUUCCUGUAGCAGUUGUUGGCAUCUCUGUGGUGGUCGGCUUCUUGUACACACGCAAGAAGUAAUAUCAGUUAGAUAUUCCCUCUUGGAUGUUAGUAAUGUUGUGCAACAUAGACUGGAAAAAGUAUUCACCAUAUCUUUGGAGGUUCAGGAAUUUUGGGACAUGAUUGCUGAAUGCCCAUUUUUGUUACUGUUUGAGAUGACAAGAAAUUUUCCAAAACAAAUUAUCACAAAUAGGCAUUUCAAUACAGAGUUGCUGUCAUUUUAUAUUGAUAAGAGUUUUCAUUGUCCGUAUAACAUUUCUGAGGAUAUAAAAUAAAGCACUCAGAAAUGACAUAUUAUCUUUUUCUCUA